GUUUCAUCUACUGGGCCACGCCAUUUAGUGAUACCAGACACGCUGGCGCGUAUGAUUGAUACAGCAACUGGAUGGCCAUCAAUAAUGGCCUUCGAUGCUGCCUUGAUGCCGCUUUCGAGCUGCAUCUUUUCGGAUGAGGAACGAGUGGCUUACUGUGAUGCUUUGCUUCACUCUGUGUCUACUAUUUUGCCCCAAAUUCUAGCACGAUGUCCGGAAAAUAUUCCAAAAGCCAAAGAAUCUGAAUACUUCACUUCGCCAAACCUGGAGUUCAAUACAGAAAUUUAUUCAAGAUACGCGGCUAACCUGCUGUAUCGUACACUUGGCAGUCUUCCAGCGGUGGUACGCAACUGGUAUGCUGGUCUUCCCAACACAGGAAUGCAGAUCGUCAGCAAGUACAUUCGUCGGUAUGUCAGCAAACUGCUGGUGGACGCAGAGCUCAACAAGGUCAAAGUUGCCAAUCAGAAGCAGCUAAAAGCUGAUAAGUUGUUGAAGAUUCGUGUAGUACCAGUCUCAGGAGAAGUAGUAGCUGAAUAUACGGUUGAGGAGACGACAAUGCGACUGUCAAUAGUGAUGCCGCCUGAUUGGCCGCUGUCAGUGCCAUCUAUUCAAAUUGACAAAGCCAUAGUACCUUCAGAGAAAGUGAAAAAAUGGCUACUCCAGCUCACAGCCUACCUAUUUCAUCAGAACGGAUCGACAGUGGAAGGAGUGAUGAUGUGGCGAAAGAAUGUUGAUCGAGACGUCGAAGGAGCUGAGGCAUGCACGAUAUGCAUGAUGACAAUUCAUUCCACUAAUCACCAGUUACCUAAGGUAUAG